AUGCCAUUGUGUUGUGUCCCUCAAUGUGCCACUCAAUGUGGGGACCACCAAUUCCCACAAGAAGCUGGAAUGAGGAAACUGUGGGAAGUUGCUAUAAAGAGGGAAAAGUGGAGCCCUACAGCAGCCAGCCGAGUGUGUCACAAGCAUUUCACCGGGGAGGAUUAUGUUACUACCACAGGGCGUAGUGGAAAUGGGUACCGCAUCAUCUUGUCCAACAACGUGUUUCUCAAGUUCAACCAGCGCGGCCGAGUCAGACCAGACCAGGCGGUUGACUACCAUCCACAAGGCCCGCCGCAGUAUGGAGCAUCAUUAGCAAGCAUAACACCUCUUGCGAGAGAGCCUCAGUCCUUUGGAACGGACACAGAGUCUCUAUUCCCGUAUCCGCACCGUAUUCCCCUGAUUAAAGCCAUGAACCCGCUGGGUUUCUGGCAGGAGAAACACUGCCGUGCCCCCAGCGGGCUGUCAUCCCGGAAACGCCAUCAUGACUACUGUAGCCCAAGCUAA